AUCCGCACUCAUCAAGUUCUCAAAAUCAAAGCAUUUGUACGUAGCCAACACCCAGCAGUAGCAAUGGUGGAGAUCUUUAGGAAGACCGUCGAGAAACCUGAGAUUAGCGGAAGAAGAUUUAAGCUUUCCAGUUCAGAGUUUCUAAAACUUCCACCUGAGGAGUUCAAGGUUAGAGAUAAUCGGAGUAGGAGCAUAUGGAGGUGUCGCCGCAGCGAAAGGUCCCGUCAGUACUAUCUCAAUGUUAUAGAUGGGAAGGAUUUUAAUCUCAAUGUUAUAGAUGGGAAUGAUUUUGUGAGAGACAUGAAAGCCGGUCGUAGCGAGAUCAGCCUUCACAACGAAUCUGAUUCUCUCAUUAUUGCGGAAGCUGAUCCUUCCAAGCCGGACGCUACUACGCCGUACAAAUUUGAAGUCGAAAAUAAUUGAGAAAGUGGUUGUUCAUAUUUUUAUACAUGCUUUUAAGUAUUCUCUAGUUAAGUGUCUUUUUAGAGUAAAAAAUGUUUUUUUCA